UUGGCAGAUUGAGGAAAGAGCAUCAGUGGUAUUUCCAUUCAAACUGAAGGAGAUUUACACCGUAGACUUCAUCGCGACAGGGCGCAAUUCAGUAUCGGUAUACAGCAACGGGCAAUUCCUCUACGACUUCCACGAACGACAGUCCGGCUGGUCAGUUACGUCCAUCGACAUCGGCGGAGAUGUACACGUACACUCCGUGCAAAUCGAAUAA